AUGAAUCGAUGUAGCUUGGGCUGCCUCGCGUCGCUGCUGCUGCUGCUGUGUGUGUCAGUGUUGGCUAGCUCUUCCAGUGUCCAUCUAAGACGUUCAGAUGUAUCCAUCGAACCGGCAAAUUGUCCCCACCCCCAGUCGGAGUUCUUCAUCUCGCUGCCGCUGACGAUACUCGGCUACGUCCCCGGCAUCAUCUACUCCGUCUACGUCAUCCUGAAGACGCCGCCGGAGCUGCCGAGCAUCGACGGCGAGCGGCCCUACUACAUCCUCGCCUGA